AUGGGUCUUCUACCCGCGCGAAACCACAAGGCGUGCUGUAACCGCUUUAUUGUGCUCAAAGGAAAGCUCUCCAAUCAGAGCAAGGAUACAACUCGAAGACUGAACCGGGGUACGGCGCACAAGGACAAGGAUUCGACAGCGAUGAUGAUGAUGAUGACAGACAGGCCGAGAACCACCAAUCACUCGAUGAAGCCCACGGGGAUGGAGCAGCAGCAGCAGCAGGAGAAGCCGCAGCAGCAGCAGGAGAAGCAGCAGCAGCAGGAGAAGCCGCAGCAGCAGCAGCAGCAGCAGCGCCAGCAACAACAGCGGUGA